UUUAACAACAACAAAAAAAAACAGAUAAUAUAUACUACUAUAUCGAACAUUACGUUAUCGAAUGCAUAUCGAUCCGUGCUCUUUAUAAAGAAACCUAGAGUGUCUCCGUCUCUCUCACUACAUUCUCCACUGUUCACAUUCUCUCUCUCUCUCUGGAUCUCUAGACACCAAUACGCAUAGUGAGCAGAGAUCGUGAUGGAGAUAAGGUAUUGGCGGAGGUUAAGAGGAUACCAAAGGCUAGAUGGUUCUGCCAAGAAGGCGAGCUCGGGCCGGAGAAAUGUAAAGCGGGUCAAAAUGGAUCCCACACGGAAGAGACGGUUUUGGAGGAUCAAGAUAGUGCCGAAGCUAAGGAUCUUGAAAAAGGCGUCGCCUAAGAAGCUUUUAACGUGGCUUCGAGAUGCUUACGUCAACAUGAUGCUGCGCCUAGCGAAUUCUCGGGUCGUCGGAUCAUCGUACGGGUACGGCGAAUAUGGGUACGGGUCGGGUUUGGCGUCGAAGGAGUAUGACGAGAAGAAGCUGGUGGAGAUUUACAAAUCGAUAUUGAUGGCUCAGGGGAAUCUCGUGCACCGUGACGUACCUAAACUGUCCUCAAAUUCGAUUUUACUCUCACCCAUUAGGUAAUUUAAAUCCAUAUACAUAAAAAAUAAAUGGUUAUCGAUGUCAAAGUUGUGAUAUGUAUUAAACUUAUACUCUUAUUAAAUAUCAAAUUAAUAAAAGUUGAUUCCGAAUAAAAUCAAGAUUUGCAUUUACGUCGUAACUUCUAACCACCUCAAUUUAAAAUUCUUAGUUAGUUCAGGGGACGUGUUGUCAUUGAGAUUAAUGCGUGUUUAAUAUGAUAUUGUUUUGGUUGACCAUUUAGGCUUUUAAUUCGUAUCUUUACGUAUAGUUGUGAUUCGUAAAUCCAAGUAACGACCAAUUUUAUAACAUUGUACAAGUUACAAGUAUUACGUAGUUGAUUGUUCAAAGCACCGAGUUUUAACGAACCGUCAUUGCUUACAUCAUAGGCAAGUCAAUGAUAAGAAACC